UGAUAUGAGGUUAAGAUUUUCCUUAUUAAAAUCAGGGGAAAGGAGUAGACGAAAAGAAGUCGACAGCGGAGAGAGAAUAGAGACGUGAACAGGGAGUCGAACGCUUCGUUAUCUAAUCGCAAGCGAUCCCUCAUCUUCCUAAGCUAUUUCUUUCCCCUCUGUUUCUUUCUCUUUCCAGGAUUGUUGAUGUAGAUAACCUCUCUCUUCACCUAAAUCUGCCGCCGAACAGGCCAACGAAAGGAAUCAUCGGAAUCCGUGCGAAUCCAGGGCUCUCAUAUUUUUCCGUCGGGAAUCCUGAAAGAAAGUUUCGAUUUUGAUCCGUUAUCUCGUUUUUUGGUUGACCAAAGUGAUUGUUUGGGCUUUUAGUUAAUGCACAGGUUGGGAAGAUAAAGGAAAAAAUCGAUUUUGUUUUCUUCUUUUUGUUGUGGGGGAGCAUAGGAACCGCUCAGGGUUAUGAUCGGACGCCAAAGUGUUGGGGAAGCAUCAAGUGUUUCUCUAGAAGCCAGGGUUCAUUCGGAUUCGGUAAAGGAUUUUGGGUUUGGGGAUGAGGAAUGAUGCGCAGAAGCUGGAAGGAGCUGUUCCGAGGAACGGUAGGGGAAAUGGGUUGUUUUCCCUGCGGGCUUAUUUGAGAAUUGUUUCAUCAGGAGCCUCCACUGUUGCAUCGACGGUUCGAUCCGCUGGUGCUUCGGUUGCGUCCUCCAUUGCUGAGCGCUACGAAGAAGCCAUACGUGAUCAGGUGCUCUGGGCCGGAUUUGACAAAGUGGAAUGCAUAGGUGGUGUUCUUCGGCAAGUACUUUUGCUUGCUUACCAGCAUGGUUUCCAGGUUUGGGAUGUUGAAGAGGCAGAUGAUGUGCGUCUACUAGCUUCUAGACAUGAUGGACCAGUUUCAUUUCUGCAAAUCCAAAAAAAGCCUAUCUUUUCUAAAAAAAUAGAGGACAGGUUUGCUGAUUUUCGUCCAUUGUUUGUGGUUGCUGGAGAUAUAUCAUUUGGUGGUGGGAACAAUGCUGCUACUGUUAACUCCUCUCCAGGCAAUGGUAGUGCUGACUUGGGCAGUGACAACCAGUUACCUUCUUCUGUGCGUUUCUAUUCCAUAAGGUCGCAUGAGUACGUCCAUGUUUUAAAGUUCAGAUCAGCCGUUUAUUCAAUCAGGUGUGGUCCUCGUGUUGUUGCCAUUUCUCAAGCUUCUCAGAUUCAUUGUUUCAAUGCUGCCACCUUAGAGAGAGAAUACACCAUUCUUACUUAUCCUGUAGCUUCUGGGCUUCUUGGUUCUGGUUCGAUAGGUUACGGACCGCUUGCUGUUGGCCCGAGAUGGUUGGCAUAUAGCGGAGCUCCAGUUACCGUUCCCAAUACUAACCGUGUUAGGCCAGAGCAUUUAUCUUCUACAGGAUUGUCUUCAUCUCCUAAUGCAAGUGUGGUAGCACAUUUUGCAAAAGAAUCAAGCAAGCAACUUGCGGCUGGCAUUGUGACCCUUGGUGAUAUGGGAUUGAAGAAGCUGACAAAGUAUUAUUCAGAACUUAUGCCUGAUGUGAAUGGAUCAAUCAAGAGUGGAAACUCAAACUCUAAAGCUAAUGGAGUUAUGAAUGGAAAUACUGCAGACAUUGAGGAUGUUGGAAUGGUCAUAGUUCGUGAUAUCAUCUCGAAAUCUAUUAUCGUGCAAAUCAGGGCACACAAAAGUCCCAUCUCUGCUUUAUGCUUUGAUCCUAGUGGAACUUUAUUAGUGUCUGCUUCUAUUCAUGGUCACAACAUAAAUGUCUUUCAUAUUUUGCCAUCUCCAAGUUCAAGUUCGUCGGUAUUUACUGGAACAGGGAGUUCAGUUCACCUUUACAAGUUGCAACGAGGGAUCACAAAUGCGGUUAUCCAGGACAUCAGUUUUAGUGAUGAUAGCCAAUGGAUCAUGAUCAGCUCUUCGCGAGGGACCAGCCAUUUAUUUGCAAUAUCUCCUUUUGAAGGGACCAAUAUCCAGUUACAGAAUGUGAAUAAUUCAGAUGGAAGUUACAGAUCCGAUACUAAUUAUCCUCGAAAUUUAGGUGCAUCUAAGAUUAAUCACUUGAAUUCUUUUUCUGGCCCCAUUACAUUAUCUGUUGUGAGCAGAAUAAAGAAUGGGAAUAAUGGGUGGAAAGGUGCUGUUAGUGGUGCAGCGGCAGCGGCCACAGGCAAAGUCAAUCCCAUUUCUGGGGCUAUUGCUUCAACAUUUCUCAGCGGAAAGACCUCUAGCGCUUACGUAGAAGCCAACUCAUUACGCACGAAGUAUUACUUACUUUUGUUCUCUUCUUCCGGUUGUAUUAUUCAGUAUGUGUUGCGUCACCUCAGCGGCGAACAUUUGAGCAUUGAUCCUUCUAGUUUGAGCUCUAUUUCUCAUGGAUUGCCACUAGAAUCUGAUUCUAGAUUUGUUGUCGAGCCACUCCAGAAAUGGGACAUCUGCCACAAAAAAAAUAGAAGAGAUAGGAAUGAUAAUAUGGAUGCCUAUGGUGAACAUGGAAAUGGUGAAAAUGCUAAACUGUUCCAGAAAAUAGUAAAGAAAGUAAACAGUGUCUACCCCACUGAUUCUCCUGGUGCAAAGUUGAAGCUCAAUGGAGAAGAAAAUAAUCAUCUCUAUAUAUCCGAGGUUGAGUUGCAGAUGCAUUCAGCUCAGGUUCCAUUAUGGACUAGACCUGGGAUAUCCUUUCAAGUGGUGAUGGAUGAUGUCAUGAAAAUGGAAGAAAAUACUUCUGGUGGCGGCGGUGAAAUUGAGAUAGAGAAAAUAUCUUAUCGAACAGUUGAAGCAAGGUCCGAGGAUCUGAAGCCAGUUCUUGAAUAUGUUCAUAGAUCCAACUCUAGGCAAUUAAGUUAUAGGAGAAGUGACCAAGACACCAACAUAAAAUCUUUGAUGAUGAAAUCAAAAUCUGUGUCAUCUGAACAUGGGACGAUUUCUCGUCGGAGCAGCUCGAGCUCUUUUGACCCGAUGCCCGAUAGCCCGGUGAUAUCUGAGUUAUACAAUGGCACUGAUGGUAAUGAUUACUUUGGUGGAUUUGCAAACUCAACAGAAGCAGAUGAAGGCUUUGUAAAUACACCCAUUGAAAGGCCGCUCAUCAAUCACCAGCUCGAGCAUGUAAAUAAUGGGGAUGAGCUGAAGAUGCAGGCCUUGCUUGAAUCUGUAAAUAGCAGUAAUAGCUUGGAAUUGGAUGGAUAGUCGCAGUGAUGAUGUUCAUAAUGCAGUUUCUUAAGGUUGCACUAGGCUUUGGAGCUUUAUGGUUUUUACUUUUUAAUCUUCCUCAGCUGUGCAGCCACAACCUAUUCUUUUAUUAUACCUGAAGGGCUAUUUAACAUGUAUUGUGUGUAGCUAUAGUAGUGGUGGGAAUGUAAAGAAAAAAAGCAAGGGGGAUUCUAAAUGUGAGGAGGAAGCUUAUCAUUGUUAUUUUGCCUGGGGAAUUCUGUUAAUGGUAUGCCUUUGUAAAUAACAAAAUUUGUCCUCAAACCGUCUUCAAUAAAUUCAAAUAUAAGUUGUAAAUAAUGAUCAAGAUUGCAAUUAAA